CCCUAAAUCAAGAUUCGAGAGGUAGUUUUUAUUACGCCGUAGUUGAUUGGUCGAUAUGUUCCUUGUGACCAAUCAGGACAUCUGUUAUGAAUGAUGACGUUAAUAACGCCAUCAUACCGCCAUUUUCCAUAUGUAAACGAUGUCGGUUCUCGAGAGAAAGGACGCUUUACGAGUAAAAGAAAUUGAUAAACAUGUCAAAAAUAAGUUUGGAUGGGACUGGAUGGAAAGGGAAAUCACUGAUACUGUUGGGAAGAAGGAAGUUACGACUUUGUUCGGUGAUUUUAUUCGGAAAAUCCAUCGUCCCGGAAAGGUUUUGUGCACUGGUGUCAUGAUAAUAUUGACUAUGGAUCACGAGGUUUUAAGGCUUUGGAAGUACGUGCGAAACGCCAAAAACAUGAAACAACUUGAAGCAAGGAAAACAAACUUUUCACUAGCUGCUACUUUUGGAUGUCAACCGAAAGUGAGCAAACCUUACUGACUUCAUCCUUUGUUUACAUGGAGAGGAAAGAUCCACCCACUUCAGUUGCAGACAGGGUUGUUAAUAAUGAGUGUCUGUCUGCGUGACUGUCAGUCAAAGUGUGGCACUAUGGCCGCCACGGAGGUAUGCUCGUCGGUGCGUGUCGAGGGCGGCGCUCCGGUCGACAACGACACCGACGUCGACGGCCAAAGCGAGGCGGAAACCGGGAAAGCAGACAGCCGCCCAGAGCCCAAAACCGUCGAGCCGAAGGCGGAGGCCGGCGGGGCACUGGAGCAGGCCGCCAGCGAGGCGCCUACCGACGUGGAGGUGUCAGCCCCCGGCCAGGGUACCCGAGUGCCUGCCGAGGUGCCGUCACAACCGCGGCAGAACAGCGACCUCAGUCACGGUGACACGGCGAAAGACAGCAAAGAAGACCCCGGGGAGGAGAGCGGGUGUUUGGGUUUGGACUGCGACAAAAGCAAAGCGAGUUGCGAAGACGACAAAGUGAAGAGCGGGGAUGGAGAGCUGGCCGACAAGAGGAGACCCAGCCUGGAGGUCUCAUCCUCGGAUGGAGAACCGCUGAGCCGCAUGGACUCCGAAGACAGUAUAAGCAGCACCCUGAUGGAGAUGGACAGCACGGUGUCCAGUGGCCGCUCCACCCCAGCUAUGAUGAACGGACUCGGCAGUGCCAGCUCCUCCGCUACAAAGACUGUGGCCUACUCUUGUUGCUGGGAUCUUUGUCUUCAGUACUUCAACUCCAGUCCGGAUCUUGCCGAGCACAUCAGGAGCGUCCAUGUGGAUGGACAAAGAGGAGGGGUGUUUGUGUGUCUUUGGAAAGGUUGCAAGGUGUACAAUACCCCAUCGACCAGUCAGAGUUGGCUCCAGAGACACAUGCUGACCCACAGUGGAGAUAAACCCUUUAAGUGCGUUGUUGGUGGCUGCACUGCAAGUUUCGCCUCCCAAGGAGGGCUGGCUCGCCACGUUCCCAGUCACUUCAGCCAACAAAGCUCUUCUAAAAUGUCCAGCCAGGCCAAACUCAAGGAGGAGUUGCCCUCCAAGGCUGGUCUCAACAAGAGGAAGAAACUCAAAAACAAACGCAGGUGCUCUCUACCGAGGCCCCAUGACUUCUUUGACGCACAAACCAUGGACGCUAUCCGUCACAGAGCCAUCUGUCUCAACCUUGCGACUCACAUUGAAAGCGUGGGCAACGGCCACAGUGUGGUCUUUAACAGCACGGUGCUAGCCAAGAGGAAGGAGGGCUCAGGAAAGGUCAACGUCCUCUUGCACUGGACACCUGAAGACAUCCUGCCUGACGUGUGGGUGAAUGAAACGGAGCGAUCUCAGCUGAAGACUAAAGUGGUGCACUUAUCCCAGCUACCGCAGGACACCGCCAUGCUGCUCGACCCAAAUAUAUACAGAGCACUUUCACAGAAGAGACUGAAGCAGAGCCUUUAAGGAGCCGUUUCUGGACUUUUUUUUUUAUUCCUUGCACUCAGAAGCUUUGUUGUUAUGUGAACAACUUUUUGGGGGACUAUUUAAAGCUGUGGACAGGAAACAAUAUCAACACUUUGUCCUCAUCAAGAACAAGGAACCUCUACAACAUGGAUUUUAAAACAAGAAUAUUUUGAUGCCCUAUGGUAAAAAAAAACAAUGUUUUUCUGCAACCUUGUCCCACAAGAAUUUUGUGUUUUAUGUAAAUUACAUAUGCAAAUUAUUUUUAUAAAAUAAUUGUCCGUAUUGUGAAUGUAUGUAAAGACUUUGAAUUACUGUGAUAAGCUGUGUUAAUUGUCAUAGACACUUUUUUUGGUCAUUCCAUUUUCUGUGUGAGAAAAGUCUUAACAAUAUUGCUAUUUAUACUCGCAGUAUGCAAAAGUUGAAUGUUUUUAACCUGUAUAAAAUAUUUACACGUUACAGAAGCAAUAAUUCUGCUGAUGAACCACUGGGCAGCUUGCAUACGCCUCUUUUCCACCAACAUUUCAAAUCAUCCUUGGCAGUCUGUGUGGUUUGCAUGUCCACCCCACCUCAAAGUUCCUGAAAGUGAUAUAUUCCAAACAGACCCAUGAAAAGAGCUUCGGAUUCUGCAACGACACCGCUUGUCACGAGGUACUUUUCCAGGGAGUUUGGGAGCAAGGGAAAGUUAUUUUAUUUUUAUUUGGGUAAAAUGGGAGGAAAUGUGCCAUGGUCUUUCAAAAUUCCAGGUGAAUGAGAAAAGUUUGUGCUCUUGAAAAGGGGAAUAGGCCUUAGAAAAGCUGGUGUUCGCUCAUUGCAUUGUGGGCUGAGGUCGGGAUGUUUGUUGUUUACAUCACUGAGUUGGGCAACCAAUAAUAAAAUAGACCAUACAAAAAAAACAAAAACAAGGGACCAUACCAAAACUGACCUGUUUCCAAGGCUUGACAAAAGAAGUAAAGUCAGUGAAAUCGAUCCAUAUGAGGACAUCCAUGGUACAAGUGAUUUAAACAACCGGCUGCCAUGGUCUGAAGCUUAGCUUGUCCUCGUUAAUAAACACGUUUGUAUACCGGCGAAAAUUUUCAGAAGGCAAAGUCCGUAAAAGCUCUAGAACAAACCAACUUCAGGUGACUGCAAGACCUGCAAAUGUUCCAUCAGAAAGAGAAGACUCAUCAUUUCAGAGAUACGUGGUCAACACACCUUGACCAUUAUCACUUUUUAAAUACUUUGAUCACAUGGCACUUCUUCUCCAAAAGGAAAAUUCAUUUAUUUUUGAGCUUACAGAUCACUCCAUGUAAAAAGACAGCUUGUUUGUUUCUCAAAAUACAGUAUAAUGCUAGCAGCCGAAUAAAUAUGUGUAAAACAGGAUAACUGUCGUAUGCUGGCAUAUGGUGACGUGUUUGCCAUUCCAAAGGGUGCAGAGAUAAAUCUUGAUUUGAACUUCUACACACAAGGCAGAAAAAAAACCCACAACUUAGGUACUAGCUCAACGUAGCAUUGAGAUUAGCAUAAAUAUAAAUAGUGGGAAAACAAACGAACAAACAAGCCGUCAUGUGUAGCAAACCGUGGACCAGCAACUAAGACCAGAAUAUAAAGGGGAGUGAUUAGGGGCAGAGACAGGUGAGGACGUUAAUCAACCAACAUGAAUUGAUUAACGUGGACCUUAAACAAGUUGAAAAACUUAUUGGGGUGUUACCAUUUAGUGGUCAAUUGUACGGAAUAUGUACUGUACUGUGCAAUCUACUAAUAAAAGUUUCAAUCAAUCAAUCAAAAGCAGGUGCGGCUAAUCAGCCACCUGGCAACCAGAAAACGUAAACAAGGGAGGAAAAGAGCAUUGAGAACUUAACAGAAGACUAAACUAUAGGUACAGUAUGUGUGUAAAAUUGUAAAAUUAAUUAAAUGAAAGCAGUAUUAUCAGACAGGUGUUAUUAAGACGAGACCAGUGAUAUAAGUAUCACUGUUAAGAAGUAAAGAACGUAAACACUCUCCGGAUACUCGCAAAGCCCACAAUGCAUUGUGUUUUUUCUAUUCCACUACGUCACCCUGUCGAGCCCUUUACUAUUCCGGAUGACUUCAUGACUGUUCCAAUCCAAUCCAAUCCAAUCCACUUUAUUUAUAUAGCACAUUUACACAACAAAAAUGUUUCCAAAGUGCUGCACAGCCAUGUUAAAAACAAUAUUAAAAACUAUUAAAAACAAUAUUAUGCUACACCAAUGACUGAAUAAAAACAAAGAAUAAAUGAAUAGAAAACCAAUACAGAGACAAUAUAAAAAAUAAAUAUGAUUAAAAACGAUUUUUAAAGGGUAAAACCAAUUAAAACAGUAAAAUAGACAUCAAAAUUUAUAAAAAAAUCACAGAGGACAACAGAGGACAGAAGACCACACAACUCACGUAGUGUUAAAAGCCAAAGAAUAAAAGUGGGUCUUAAGACGAGACUUAAAACACUCCACUGUGGGAGCAGUUUGAACAUGGAGGGGCAGAGUGUUCCAGAGUUUAGGGCCGACCACAGAGAAGGCCCUGUCUCCCCUGGUUUUAAGUCUCAUCCCGGGCACCACGAGCUGGAGCUGGCUCUCGGACCUCAGAGCGCGUGUAGGAGUGUAAAUUUGGAUGAGGUCCGAGAUAUACUGAGGUGCCAGUCCAUGUAAAGCUUUAAAAACAAACAGCAAGGAUUUAAAAUCAAUUCUAAAAUGAACAGGGAGCCAGUGCAAACUCCGAAGAAUUGGGGUUAUAUGCUCACGUUUCCUGGCCCCUGUUAAAAGUCGUGCUGCCGCGUUCUGGACUAACUGCAACCGGGAGAGAGCUUUUUGGCUAAUGCCAGCAUAAAGUGCAUUGCAGUAGUCCAGGCCACUUGAAAUAAAAGCAUGCACGACUUGUUCAAAAAGGUUAAAAGAUAAAAAUGGUUUUACCUUUGCUAAAAGACGAAGAUGAUAAAAACACGAUUUUAAAACGCCAUUGACUUGUUUGUCAAAUUUAAAAUCGCUGUCUAUAGUGACGCCAAGGCUGGUGACUUUGGGACGCACAUAAUUUUGCAAUGGUCCCAAGUCAGUGAGGGCCGGACCAAAAACUGAAAUUUCCGUUUUUCCCUCAUUCAUUAUUAAAAAAUUCUGGGCUAACCAAGCCUUGACAUCACAUAGACAGUUGAGAAAGGGUUCCCCCAACUCCACAAGCACCAACACUCCGAACUAAGCCUGACUUAUUUCACUCCCUGCUCACAUGUUUGCGUACAUCCUUCUUUUGAUUUUAGCUCUUCAAACUCCUUUAAAGCUCUUUUCUUUUCUUCUGUAUGUCGCAUCAUUUCAAGGGAUUUGUGGGUUUCUAAUAAAAUCAGGGACACGACACACGUUGACAAGUAGAGGUCGUCUUUACGGGUGAUAAUGGUAGGUGUGCCAGAAAGAAGCAGAGUUCAUGCAAAGGUCUGCUGUGGGCUGGUCCACUCGCUCAUUUGACUUCAUGGAAAUUUUCUGUUGGUUUCUGGUGUUGAUGAGGACACAUUCAGGUAUUUUCCUGAAGUCGGAGAGUGGAGCUGUGUUUGCUUAUGUUUUCAUUUACACUAUAUUGCCAAAAGUAUUUGGCCACCUGCCUUGACUCACAUAAUAACUUGAAGUGCCAUCCCAUGGAAUUGUCCAAAUCCUGGAGCAUUCAAAGUUCUUUUCACUGGAACUCAGGGGACAAGCCCAAACUCCUGAAAGACAACCCCACAUCAUAAUUCCUCCACCAAAUUUCACACUCGGCACAAUGCAGUCCGAAAUGUAGCGUUCUCCUGGCAACCUCCAAACCCAAACUGGUCCAUCAGAUUGCCAGAUGGAAAAACGUGACUCAUCAGUCCAGAGAAGGCGUCUCCACUGCUCUAGAGUCCAGUGGCAACGUGCUUUACACCACUGCAUCCCACGCUUUGCAUUGGACUUGGUGAUGUAUGGCCUACAUGCAGCUGCUCAGCCAUGGAAACCCAUUCCAUGAAGCUCUCUGCGUACUGUACGUGGGCUAAUUGGAAAGUCACAUGAAGUUUAGAGCUGUGUAGCAACUGACUGUGCAGAAAGUCUUUGCACUAUGCGCUUCAGCAUCCGCUGACCCCUCUCUGUCAGUUUACGUGGCCUACCACUUGGUGGCUGACUUGCUGUUGUUCCGAACUCUUCCAUUUUCUUAUAAUAAAGUUGACUUUGGAAUAUUUAGGAGCGAGGAAAUGUCACGACUGGAUUUGUUGCACAGGUGGCAUCCUAUGACAGUUCCAGGCUGGAAAUCACUGAGAGCAGGCCCAUUCUUUCACAGAUGUUUGUAGAAAGAGUCUACGUGCCUAAGUUCUUGAUUUUAUACACCGGGCCAAGUGAUUAGGACACCUGAUUCUCAUCAUUUCGAUGGAUGGCCAAAUACUUUUGGCAAUAUAGUCUAUUUAUGUCUGGAGUUGGUAGAGACUAUAGUAUGUGUUAAUGCCAAGAACACAUUGUUUGGUACAAUAAUCACACACCCGCUGAAUGACUCUGUUGGUGCUGCGUUCUGGAUUCAUUACCACUUGAUGUACCAUCUUUGUCUAUUUACCAAUACAAUCUGAAAACCUUUUUAAUUCUCUCCAACUUUUGUGUGUCAAGAUGACUUAUGACUCUGACUAGGGGGAAUCAAAAACCGGUUCCCAGUGUAUCAAUUUCUUGCCAUUCUUUCCAACAGUUCUCUUAUCGAUCCUUCCGGGUGGGGAUGACGUCGCGUAGUGACGUCAGAUCUCAAAUUGGUGCAACAAACGCUCUACAGUUGACUACAUUUUACAAGAAAAGAUUGCAACAGCGCUACUUGUAAUAAUGAUAAGUCUGCUAGUUCAUCAAGAGUGGCGGGGACGGCCACCUAUCAUGUCGGCGCUAUUAUUAGUUCAACUGAAAUGAAUGCCUUGUCAUUUAGAUGAGCGUGACGAGAGACAGAUUCUGACCGGCUCCGAGGCGGGCAAGUACUCGUUCCAGUCUAUGUCCGCCGCUAGACGAAUGUCACCGAGCAGCGACUAAGUUUGUGGUCAAAAGUUUGCAUUUUUGGCAUGUGAGAUUGCAGUCGGAGGAACAUUGCAUGUUUUCCUGCAACCAGGUUUUCUUUCAGUCAUUCAAAAUAUACAAGCGGAACUCAUCAAAUUCAAAUAUAAUGUUAAAGUCCAGUCAUGUCAGCAAUUACUAACUAAUCUGUGAUAUUAACGUAAUACAUGCAAACCUUUAUUUGUUAUAAUCCUGUUAAAAUCAUCUUGCCUGACAGUUUUUGAAACCUUGUAUUUUCUGAGAUUUUCAAUUCAAGGUUUUCAUAAACUGUUUGCCAUAAUCAUCACAGUUAUAACCAACAAAGGCUUGACAUAUCUCCCUUUGCAUGUAAUAAGUUCAGUGUUUCCCAUAAACUGCCAAGAUACCUGUGGCGGUGGGGGCGUGACUAUGGGCGUGGUCACCAUGACAUCAUCGAGUAAUUUGCAUAAUUUACUACAAUAUGAUUUUCUCUAAAAAGGCUCAAAAAAUGUAUACUUACUAAUUAAUAAUAACAGUUUUGUUUUAAACGUCCAUCCAUCCAUUUUACAAUAUAAUUACAACACUUUAUGUGCAUAUUUAUAUACAGAUUUGAACAAUAAGUUAUUCACUGAAAUAUAUUUAUUCAUUGUGGUUCUUACAAAAAAUAUAUCUUAUAAAAUAUAAAAGCUAAAAUGUCUCUUAAAGCUCUGCCCCUUUAAUUAGUGCAUACUAAAUAAUUUAACUUUAGCCUACUACUACAACCAUAUUAUUUACCAGCAACAUAAAGUGAAACAGAGGCAGAGGUGUCCUGCCACAGUCAGUAACAAAUAAACAGAAAACAGUAGUGGUCAAAUACAAAUAAGGCAACAAGAGAAGUAUCCUACGCUUCUCUUUUGUAAAGUAAAUCUGAACAGCCUAUAUGGGCAUCUACAUCAACUAUAUGAUUUGCCUGAGAAGUGGACAGGAUAAAAUUUAAAAAAUUGUUUUGUUUUUUAAAUUUUUUUAAUUUGUGGCGGACGUAAUUCUUUCGUGGCGGGCCGCCACAAAUAAAUGAAUGUGUGGGAAACACUGAAGUUAAUAUUAUUUUUUUUGUGUAAUUUGUACAUGAUUAAAUUCUAUAUAAGAAUAUUAAUUCCUUAUAUUUAUUUACACAAGAAUAUAUUUUCUUCUUCUAUACUAUGUAUGUGCCUCUUCAGACCUCACUGUAGGCUUUGUGAGGUCAUGUUACCUCUAAACUAAACUAAAUUGAUAUUAAUCCAUUGUUUUUUUCUCUUUUUUUUUUCCAAAUAUGAAUUAAUAAGAGAACCGUUAAUGAAUCUAAUCAUUAAGCAGAAUCAAAAGUGCAAUCUGAACCGGAAAAAUCUUACGGAUUCCCAUCCCGAACUCUGACAGACUAUGAACUGAUAACCUGUUCCUUGCCUGCUGUGUCCAGUCUGGAUUCAACAUUCUUCUCGAUGAUUUGUCAUCUUUUAAACACAACAACUGUGGCCUGAGAUCCUUUGUUUAUAAAUCUCUUCACACUACUGAAACCCCAGCUGUGGUGUUGUGAAGUCUGCGGACAUAGUGGUACGCAAUGAAAGACAAGCAUGAGUCCGAUCGGGUACAGAGAGGAGGUAGAACAUCUGGUGGAUUGGUGCAAAAGCAGCAACCUUUGCAUCCACGUAACAAAGCCCAAAGAGAUAGUGGUGGACUACAGGAAGGUCAGACAUUUUUCCCCCCAAUUUUCUCUCGGCUUUGGAAGUGGUCUCCAGAUUUCCUCCACGGCCGCAACACUAGAAGGCGCAGACUUCCUCGGGAAUCUGCAGCAUGUUGGACUCGGGAGCGGCAUCCUAGGAGCUUCUCCAGCACCCUCAGCACCAGCAUAACGGUGUGGCGCAGCAGCUGCACGGCCCAAGGGAGGAAGUCACCGCACAGGGUGGAAGAUGGUGGGGAGCAGCCUUCCCACCACCGCAGAGUACUGUCAGCAUCACCAAGGAUCACACCCUCCCCUGAGGCAGAACUAAGCAUUCGGGGUAGGACCACACCAGACUGAGGAGCAGCUUCUUUACGGAAGGUGUUAGACUGCUGCUCUGUAGCUAUAGAUACCAUCACUUUCUCCCCCAUCCACUCUUCACUUGUCCCUACUGGGCUGAACUGAGCUUUUCUUUGGUUUGGUUGGCUCCAACGUUCCCUUUAAGGUGCGUGCCUGCGCAAUUGCGCACUGCUAAAGCGUCCUCUGCGCACAGCAAAUAUAUGCCGCGCACCAAUUCAAAUCCCAUCAGAAUUCUAAACAAAAUAAACACAUUUAUUCUUUGUAAUUUUGCAAUGCAACUCUUGAGUGACAGUGACAACAAGCGGCCCUAACGGUGUUCGUCAACACCGUUCAAUUGAACACCGUUCAAUUAUUGUAACGUCUAUCGAGAUGCUUCGAGGACAGGAAUUAUAUCGAUCACUUUAUUGAGCAAAACUGUUUAUAUUCGGCCAUAACCACACCAAAAACAUGAGUAAAAAACUUCUAUCUCGAAAAACUAGUCAUUUUCAGCCGUACAAACCAGGCCAAAAGCAACUUGUCAUCUGUCACCAACACGCAUACCACUAAACCACUGGUGCGUUUAUGGCCACACAAAAAGUCGGACAACUCAAACACCACACAAAGUUACACUAUGACUCCUCAGUCAUACGUGUGCUUAUUCUACUGUCAUUUAUUAUUAAUGUUAAUUCAUUGAUAUUAAUCAUGGAAUGCUGUUACUAGAGAAAGUUACAGGAAUGCACACUUCAUCCUAUGCUUACAUUUCAUUGUGCAACAUGAGGAUGUUUAAGGGCAACUAAAUGUGAUCUCUGAAAGGGGUACAAAUGAUUUCCAAAGCAGGACCCCCACCCAGACAUAUUGUACAAUACUAAUCCAUAGCUUAUGAAAAACAAGAUUUCUUUUAUUUUCAUUACAAGUGGGCCAAAUCACUAAUAUUACAAAAUAAUCUCAUGAAAAUGACUCUUCUCAUUUGAGUGUUAUUAUAAAAGAUUGGUUUGAGACGGGUGUGCUGCUGGUAUUGCCACGUGGGAUGUUGCUCACAUGUUCUCCACUGAAUGCUCAGGGAGUUUUUGUGUUUGCUCAGACACAUGAAAAAUUAGAGGGAACAUCGGUUGUCUCUCAUUGUUUUUACCUUCUAUUUGGACCAGAGAAUCACAAUGUAUUCUAUUUUUCUAUUUCUUUUUACAAUCUAUCCCUAACUUGUUUUAUUUAUAUGCUAUUUAAAUUAUUAUGUACAUACUGUUUUUUCUUGAGGUACUCAAAGGGCAGAAUCUGGGGGUAUCUCAUGUGUCUAAAGUGUGCAGUAUGACAAUAAAGUUCCUUGAAUCAAGUUUGAUGUAUUUACAUUUUUUGAAUACCUCAUAUCUUACAUUAUUU